AUGGGUGACUUGACCGCCCACCGGUGCACCGUGCUCGAGUUCUCCGCUCACAAGAGCGUUGAGAACCAGCAAACCGCCACGACGACAGCCUUCUCCUCCUCCGCUGCUGCUGCCACCACUCGCUCCACCAAGCGCCAUCGCAGGGGCGCCACUCGCGUUCGCCCUGCCACGUCGUCAUCGAUGCGCAUGACACGCGACUCUGCCGCUGGGUUCCAAUUGUCCGCGACCCACUUCCCGCCGCUGCCAGUCACAGUCGCCGUUCAGGUCGCUGUGCCCUCCUCGACCUCGACCUCGACCUCGACCACCACCACCACCACUGCUGCUGCUGAAACGAUGCUUGCAAAGGCCAAGAUUCUCGACAGCUCCAUCCUGCCUCGGAUUCCAAAGCACGAGCUGAACUUUAAGGCUGCCCUCGCCUUUGUUGCUCCGCCUGCCCAGGCUCGCAUUGCCCUGCCCAAGGUGUACGCCCCGUCCCUGACGCCUCUGCUGGCACGACGCGGAUCCGCUGCUCGCUCGGUGACCUUUGUCGCUGCUGGCACUCGCCCUGCGUUCUACUCGACUGUCUCGACCACCAAGGCUCGCACCGCUCCUGCCUCGCGGCCAGUGGGCACUCCAGUGGCCUCGUCCCCGUCGUUUGCGCGUGUUGCUCCUGCCACACUCACGCCCCAGCAAGCGCUCCUUCGCGACCGUCUGCGUCGUGUCCGCUCAAUCCGCCAGUGCUCUGCUGCGGCCAUGACCCGUUCCGUCGUCACUUACAUUGUGCGCUCUUCCACUCGCCUGAUGAAGCGGGCAACUGUUCAGCCCGCCACUCAUGUGAGCCCCUUGACGCCUUCCAAGCGCCCCAACGCCCUUCCGCUCAUGCCUCUGUGGGCGCAUCUGGCCAUGUCUUGGCAUCGACCUUCCCCGGCCAUUCAAGCCUAA